UGGUACAUUAUACUUUCUUCUAGAAACUAGAGUUACAUACAUGAAUGCAUACAUAGGCUUCUCAUCAAGCUAUCAAAUAUCCCAAAGCAGCCAUGCCAUACAACGAUGCAUUAGUAUGGAUCGACUGUGAGAUGACAGGUCUGGAUCCCGACCAAGAGGAGAUUAUUGAGAUUUUCUGCAUCAUUACGACAGGCUCUCUAGAUGUGAUAGAUGAAAAUGGGUGGGGGAUUGUCAUCCACCAAUCACAGGAGAGGAUGGACAAGAUGGAUGAAUGGUGUAUACAAACACACGGGAAGAGUGGUUUGACAGAAGCUGUGGUGUCAUCCAAUGUGACGCCACAGCAAGCAGCCGAUGAGCUUCUAGCAUAUAUCCAAAAGCACGUACCAGAGCGAGGGGCAUUGCUAGCGGGCAACAGCGUUCACGCAGACCGUGCAUUUCUCCGAAAAGAACCGUAUAAGAAGGUAAUCGACUACCUACAUUAUCGGAUCCUUGAUGUGAGUAGUCUGAAGGAAGCCGCCUAUCGAUGGUGUCGUAAGGAAGUUACAAAGAAUGCGCCGAGGAAGAAGGGGUUACACCAAGCUAAAGAUGAUAUUCUGGAGAGCAUCGAGGAAGCGCGAUAUUUCAAGGACGUGAUAUUCAGCACCACCGACAUCAGGAAAGAAAAAUAGAAAAAAGGACUCCUAAUCAUCAGUCACGGUUCUGAUACAAGAACGACCUUUAUUUUCAGGCACUAUUCACAAAAUGGGCUAGGAGACAUGGAUAAAAUUACAACGCGGCUAACAUACUAAAAUCAAUAAUUCAUUCAUUAGGCUGCCCGGCGUACGUAGCAUUGGUAGCCGGUAGACACUUCGCGUGGUGGAGUGUUUGGCUGAUAAUACCUAGGGUACUGGUUACUGAAUGGAGGGGUUUGGCGUUUGAUAUGUGGCGUCGUAUGAAAGCUGCAGAGUCUUGAAAUUAUACAUAGUGAACGUUGAAGUUUCUGCGUACCUACCUGAUACCUAUUAUCAUAUGUACCUACAUACAUACAUGUAUGUAGUACUAGGUAUAUAUGUACAUGUAAGUAACUAUUAACAAUGAAGUUUAGCAUCUGGCAGGUUAGGCACCUACUACUAUGUAAGCACUUUCAGU